GUCCCAGAGUGGAGGAGAAUUGGCUCUGCCUUUUCCAAGACCAAGAGGGUUCAUCCCCUGGGCUGCUUACUGAGAGGCUCCACUCACAGACUGCGCAGCCAUCCCGGGCGCUGGCGCAGGCAGAGCAGCGGCUGACACAGGCAGCGAAGAGGCAAAAUGGCUCUGACUCUCCUCUUGGCAGCAAUCCUGGGACUUCUUAUUGUCAAGGCUGUUUUCUUUCAACCGAGAAACACGAGCUCCCCUCCUUGCAUCAGGAGCUGGAUCCCCUGGUUUGGAGCUGCGUUUCAGUUUGGGAAAGCUCCUCUGAAGUUUAUAGAGCAAGCUAGAAGCAAGCAUGGCCCUGUGUUCACAAUAUUCGCCCUGGGAAAACGGUUUACUUUUGUGACCGAGGAAGAAGGAACUGAAGCAUUUUUUAACUCUAAAGACUUGAAUUUUGAGCAGGCAGUACAACAAGCUGUGGAGAACGCAGUUUCUGUCCCUGCAGAAGCAUUUUAUCAGAACCAUGGUAGCCUCUACAGCAUGAUGAAGGGAAAAAUGGGUCCUUCUAAUCUGCAUAUGUUUACGGGCACUUUGUGUAAGGAACUAAACGAGCACAUGGCAUACCUGGGCACGGAGGGCACAGGCGACCUCUAUGACCUAGUAAGGCAUGUCAUGUAUCCUGCGGUGGUGAACACUCUAUUUGGGAAAGGCAUCUGUCUGACAAGUCAGAGUGAAAUCAAGGAGUUUGAAGAACAUUUUCAGAAGUAUGAUGAGGACUUUGAAUAUGCUUCUCAGAUGCCCGAAUGCUUCCUGAGGAACUGGUCUAAAUCAAAGCAAUGGCUUCUAAAAUUUUUAGAGAAAGUAGUGUUAGAUGCUGAAAGGACCAACCCUUCAGAUACUGCAUCCAAGACACUACUGCAACAUCUCCUGGAUAACUUGCAAGGAAAACAUCUAGCUGCCAGUUAUGGUCUCCUCAUGCUCUGGGCUUCCCAAGCAAAUGCUGUCCCAGUUGCGUUUUGGACCCUGGUUUUCAUCCUCUCUUACCCUUCUAUUUACAAGAAAAUCAUGGAAGACCUGACUUCUGUUUUAGGCAAAGCAGGCAAAGAUAAAAUAGAAAUCUCUGAAGAGGACCUUAAGAAGCUCCCUUUUAUUAAAUGGUGCACUUUGGAAGCCAUACGGCUGAGGUCUCCAGGUGCAAUCACCAAGAAAGUAGUAAACCCAAUAAGAAUUCAGAAUUUCACUAUCCCUGCAGGUGAUAUGCUGAUGUUGUCACCAUAUUGGUUGCACAGGAAUCCAAAAUAUUUUCCCGACCCAGAAAUGUUCAAACCUGAUCGUUGGAAAGAGGCAAAUUUAGAGAAGAAUGCUUUCUUGGACAGCUUUGUGGCAUUCGGAGGAGGGAAGCAUCAGUGUCCAGGAAGGUGGUUUGCCAUCAUGGAAAUCCAGUUGUUUGUUGCACUGUUCCUGCACAAAUAUGAAUUUGUGCUUUUGGAUGCAGCACCAAAGGAGAGUCAUUUGCAUUUGGUGGGGACACAGCAACCCACGGCACCAUUCCGGGUCCAGUAUAAAUACCGGGAAUGAAAGCUGCCCAGCACUAACUCACCUUCCUUUGCCAGACACCCCUGGAUGGACUGCUCAGCUGCUUCCCUAUCCUACACCUUCAGACAGGUUCUCUGACUUAGCAGUUCCUAAUUUCAACUGUAAAUGCUAUAAAUGCCAACUGAAAGCUGUGGUAUGCCAUAUCAUAGUCCCAUCUGUGCUCCUCACCUGAUUGCCCCCCUCCUAAUGUUUAAGAUUUCAGCUCUCCUGCUGCAUUCAUAAUUUGUGGGCCAAUUAUUCACAGAUGUUGCAAAUUUGAUAUACUAAGACAACCAACCAGCCAUCCAGGAAAAAAUCUACUAUGUUUGGAAAAUCUGCGAGGAAGUUGUGCUAGAACCAUUGGAAAAGCAAGUCCCCUAGGCCAGGCCACUGCUUCCUGAAGAUCUCUGAGCCAAGGCCGAAAGCGGUGCCUUGUGCUAAGACACCAGAUUGGUAACUGCAUACUGGUCUGUACAAACCGCAGGAUAGGGCUGAACAGAGACCUCCAGAUCAGCCCCACAGCCAUGAUAAACUAGCAUGACUUAGGUAUCAUUCCCUGUGUAAGUGAAGACCUGGCCUGCUCUGUCUACAACCAGUGCCAAAUUUUUGCAAAGAAAAUGGAUUUGUAAUAGAAAAAUUGCAAGCAUGGGAAACACUGGGGUCUUUUUCCACUAAAGUUUCUACUGAGAUUUAUUUGCUCCACAGGAUUCAGAAUUGGUCCUUGCAUGAAUGUGCAGUGAAAGCUUUAUCAUGACGUCAACAAGGGGUAAUGGGCAUAAGCUGGAACACAAAAAGUUCCACUUAAAUAUGAUGAGAAACUUGUUUGGUUUUGAGGUGAGGGAGUCCUUUCUCAGGGAGGGUGUGGAGUUGCCUUCUUGGGAGGUUUCCAAACCUGCCUGGACAUGUUCCUUUGCCUCCUGAUGGAGGGGAACCUGCAAACAGGAUGAGGUCUAAAGGUCACUUCCAACCUCCACAAUUCUAUGAUUCUAUGAUUCUGUGAUUCUGUGUGUGGUUUCUGAUGACAAAUAAUGGCAAGAAAAGCUAUUGCCAUUCCUUAGACAGGUUGUCCAAUAGCUGGAAAACAUUUGCUUUCCCUUUAACAUGGCUUACUGAUAGGACAAAUUGUACAAAUCUAAAAAUAUUUAAUCCUAUAAAGAAUACCUAGUAAAAGUUGUUCAAAGAGGCUGUCAAAUAAGUUCAGACAUCAACACUUUAACUGCUGUCAGAUUUCAUAUACAAUAAUAGCUAGCAUGUAUUUUUAGUCUUUUAAGUAAAGAUUAUUCAUCAUUUUAAAAGUAUUUGCAAAAAAACCAUACAAAUGGACAUUCAACAGCAGUAAAAGCUGUGGAGUCAAUGCUGUUAAUAAACAUAUGAAGGAAAAGGUGGCUAUCAGGGGGAAUCAACAUGGAUUCAGCAAGGGGAAAUACUGUUUGACCAACUUGAUAGCCUUCUACAAAGGCAUAACCGUCUGGCUAUAUGAGGGAAGAGCAGAUGCCAUCUACCUUGACUUCAGCAAGGCUUUUGAAACUGUCUCCCAUAACAUCCUCAUCAGAAAGCUCAGGCAGUCUGGCUUGCAUGAGUGGACAGUGAGGUGGAUCGAGAGCUGGCUGAAGGCCAGCCACCGGGAGGGUGGUGAUCAACGGCACAGAGUCGAGUUGGAGGCCUGUGCCUCCUGCCAGUGGAGUUCCACAGGGAUCGGUUCUGGGGCCAGUCUUGUUCAACAUCUUCAUCAGUGACCUGGA